AUGAAGACGAGGAGCGUUGCCAAGGCCUUGGGGCUGGCCGCGAUCGGGGUCGUCCUCGCGAGGGUCGGCACGCGGCGCGUGCGCUCCAUGCGCACGCGCGCGAUCGCAUCCAGCCCCCCCUACGCCGAGAAGCGCCCCAAGGUCCUCCAGUCCGACCACGGCGAGCGCCACGACGACUACUACUGGCUGCGCGACGACGACCGGAAAGACCCCGCCGUACUGAAGCAGCUCGACGCCGAGAACGCGUACCAGAAGGCCGUCAUGGCCCACACGGAGAAGCUCCAGGAGGACAUCUUCAAGGAGAUGCGCGGGCGCAUUCAGGAGGCCGACCAAAGCGCAACCCUGCGCGACGGACCGUACUACUACUACACUCGGACGCUCGAGGGGAAGCAGUACCGCGUGCACUGCCGGCGGGCGGUGCCGGAGGCCGCGGCGGCGCGCGCGCCUGACGUGGCGGACGUCAUGGAUGAGUCAGUCCCGGAGGAGGUGUUGUUGGACGAGAACGCGGUGGCGGCCAAGUAUAAAUUCUACAUGACGCGGGGGGUGUCGGUGUCGCCGGACCACAAGUACAUGGCUUGGGGGGAGGACACCGUGGGCGGCGAGAAGUUCGACCUGCACGUCAAGGAGAUCGCGACGGGCCGCGAGGUCCUCAAGCGCCCGAUCACGGCCACGUCCGGCAACGUCGCCUGGGCCUCCGACAACAAGACCUUGUUUUAUGUCACCAAGGACAAGCUGGACCGGCCCGAGAAGGUGUGGCGGCACAUCAUCGGCACGGACCCGAGCGAGGACGUCGUUGUCUUCCACGAGAAGGACGACGCGUUUUACGUCGGCAUCUCGCGCGCCCGCUCCGGCGCCGUCAUCUACAUCAGUGCGGGGUCGGCGGUGACGUCGUACGAGAUGUACGUUCCCGCGGACCGACCGCUCGAGGAGCCGAAGAUCGUGAUGGAGAAGAAGCAGGACGUGGAGUACGACGUGCGGCACCGCGGGGGCGAGUUCUGGGUCGUGGUGCGCGACGAGCAGCGCCCGAACAGCGAAGUCGUCGUGAUGCCGAUGGGCGACCCCUCGAAGGCCAAGGUCGCGGUGCCGCACCGCGCGGACGUCAAGAUCGAGGGCAUCUCUCUCUCGCAGGGCCACGUCGCGGUCUUCCAGCGCGUGAACGGCCUCCAAACCGCGGAGAUUUUCAAGUUGGGCGACCCCGACGCCGCGACUCCCCUCCCUCUGUCAGGUGGCUCCGUGGUGUCGCUGCCGGAGCCGUCGUACGAGCUGGACGCCGCGGCGCAGGGGGACUUCGAGAGCCCGGUGCUGCGCCUGGCGUACACGUCGCUCGCCACGCCGCUGUCGGUGAUGGAGGUGGACAUGAACACCAUGCAGCGGGAGGUAAAGAAAGUGACGCCGGUGCUGGGGGGGUUCGACGCGGACAAGUACGAGACGCGGCGCCUGUGGGCGACGUCGCACGACGGCACCAAGGUGCCCAUCUCGGUGGUGUUCCGGAAGGACCUGGCGAAGCUCGACGGCUCGGACCCGCUCCUCCUGGACGCGUACGGCGCGUACGAGAUCCCGAACGACCCGUGGUUUGCGCAGCAGCGGCUGUCGCUCAUCGACCGGGGGUUCACCUUUGCCAUCGCGCACGUGCGGGGCGGCGGGGAGAUGGGGCGGAACUGGUACGAGGACGGCAAGUACCUGAAGAAGAAGAACACCUUCCUGGACGUGAUCGCGUGCGGCGAGCACCUCGUCCACGAGAAGUAUACCAACACGGACAAGAUGUGCGUGCAGGGGCGCUCCGCGGGGGGCCUCACGAUGGGCGCGACGGUCAACAUGCGCCCGGGCCUGUGGAAGGCCGUGAUCAUGGGCGUGCCGUUCCUGGACGUCCUCACGACCAUGUCCGACCCGUCCAUCCCGCUCACCGUGAUCGAAUGGGAGGAGUGGGGCAACCCUGCCAACAAGGAGUACUACGAGUACAUGAAGUCGUACUCGCCCGUCGACAACGUCGCGAAGCAGGCGUACCCGCACAUCCUGAUCACCGCGGGCCUGCACGACCCGCGCGUGGGCUACUGGGAGCCCGCGAAGUUCUGCGCCAAGUUGCGGGAGCACAAGACCGACGACAAUAUGCUGCUGUUCAAGUGCGACAUGGGCGCCGGCCACUUCAGCCAGUCGGGCCGCUUCGACAAGCUCAAGGAGACCGCCGUCGAGUACGCGUUCCUGCUCAUGGCCGUUGGGCUCGUGUGA